UCAGCAGCGGCAGCAACGAGAGGCAGCUUGCUUUCUGCCCUGGCCAUGUUUUGAAACAGGCAAAAUCAGUCGCCAGUGGCUGGAAGAGGGUUGAGCAGAUGAAUGAAUGACGGUUGUCCGGAGGUGUUCAGAUGCUAUGAGAGCACAGACGGGGCCCAGAAGGUUCCGCUGAGGAAAUUUUAUCAUGUGGGCAACCUGCUGCAACUGGUUCUGCCUGGAUGGACAGCCUGAGGAGGCCCCACCGCCCCAGGGAGCCAGGACGCAGGCCUAUUCCAACCCUGGGUACAGCUCCUUCCCUUCCCCCACGGGCUCGGAACCAAACUGCAAGGCCUGCGGGGCCCACUUCGCAAGCAUGGCCAGGAAGCAGCAGACCUGCUUGGACUGUAAGAAGAAUUUCUGCGUGGCCUGUUCGAGCCAAGUGGGGAGCGGGCCCCGCCUCUGUCUUCUCUGCCAGCGCUUCCGAGCUACAGCCUUUCAGCGGGAGGAGCUCAUGAAGAUGAAGGUGAAGGACCUGAGGGACUAUCUCAGCCUGCAUGACAUCUCUACCGAAACGUGCCGGGAGAAGGAGGAGCUGGUGUUCUUGGUGCUUGGCCAGCAGCCUGUAAUCUCCCAGGAGGGCAGGACUCGCGCCCCCAGCCUGUCCCCGGACUCCCCCGAGCAGCAGGCCUUCCUGACCCAGCCUCACACCAGCACAGUACCUCCCACCUCACCCGGCCUCCCUUCCUCAGCCCCGGCCCAGGCUCGGGACCGGCAGCAGGCCAAUGGCCAUGUGUCUCAGGACCAAGAGGAACCCGUCUACCUGGAGAGCACAGCCAGAGCACCUGCUGAGGAUGAGACCCAGUCUGUUGACUCAGAGGACGGCUUCGUCCCGGGCCGGAGGGCCUCUCUGUCUGACCUGACCGACCUGGAGGACAUUGAAGGUCUAACCGUGCGGCAGCUCAAAGAGAUCCUGGCUCGCAACUUCGUCAACUACAAGGGCUGCUGUGAGAAGUGGGAGCUGAUGGAGAGGGUGACGCGGCUGUACAAGGAUCAGAAGGGACUCCAGCACCUGGUGUGUGGUGCUGAAGACCAGAACGGGGGAGCAGUGCCAUCCAGCCUGGAGGAGAACCUGUGUCGGAUCUGCAUGGACUCACCCAUCGACUGUGUUCUGCUGGAAUGCGGCCACAUGGUCACCUGUACCAAGUGUGGCAAGCGCAUGAACGAGUGUCCCAUCUGCCGGCAGUACGUGAUCCGAGCCGUGCAUGUCUUCCGAUCCUGAGGGCUUGUACCGGCUUCUUCAGUGCCUUACAGGGACAUAGCUCGAGGUGUCUGGGCCCACAGUUGGCCAGCUUGCAGAGGGGCAGCCUAACAAGAAAAUCUGCAGUGUUCCCAAGACCAGGGCAAGCAAGAUGCUGUGUCACCUCUGGGCAUGCACAGAUCGCACAGGCAAAUCCCUGUUUCAGCGAUCUUGGGGUGAUGAUGGUAACUGAUGAAGAGAGGACUUUCUGGAAUUUGGACCGUAUCUUCUUCCCUUCCUCUGAGAACCUAAACAGUUUCACCCUUCCUCCUGUAGCCCACCCAUCCCCCUGAGCUGCGUGCCUCUCUUCCACCCAUCGGAAGUCCUGGUAGAAAUGGCUCUCUUCCCCAGCACAUCUGGAUUCAUUUCUGGUCUCUCUGGCUUUCUGUGCUUUAACUGACCUUUGCUGAAAUCUCUUGCUACAUUACCUAAAAUCCCAUGUGUUUCUUCAGACCAAAAAGAUGUCAGCUUCCCAGACCAAUAGUGAUCCUCCUUAGGACAAAAUUUGGCCCAGUAAACUCAUUUCUGGCGAGAAAUGAAACACAAAUGCUAUUGAAAAAAUUUGAAGUCGUUAAGAGUUGCUUCGUUAAGUGCUGGGAUUGGAAGCUAUCAGUCUCCUGACCUGACCUUGGCAGUCAACAAAGCAUCUGGCUUUCAAACUGCUGGGAAACUCCAGCCUCUGUGCGCGAGAUGGUGCAUGGAUCAUCUCUGCGUCUUCUCUUGGGGCCUGACUUUGUGCCAUACUUAAUUUUAGUUUAUGAGAAAAGGGAAAGCGUUGGGUGGAAGCAGUGGCUUUCUGCUUGGCUUUGCCUUCUCCAACAGACAGCCUUAAACCACUUUCCCCUGAGCAUGAGGUCCCUCUUUCCCAUGGAGGUUUUAAACAUGGUCUCACUGAAGGCACAGAGACUUAGGCAGAGAGCCUCACGCUUCUCUAGCCAGACUUCUCAUGAAGCUCCCGGAGACUGAGCACGUAAGACAGAGCACCUAAGAGGUAUCAGAAGGUACUGAAGGAGGCUGGAUUCAGCCCUUGAGCAGACAGCUGGAAGUCUUAGUUCCCCAGGUUGGUGGGGACUCCCUACUCCCAUUUCCUUUCUCAGCCUGCUGAUUUAGGGGCAGGUCAGGAAGAAGCAUUCUCUAGGCCCUUUAGGAAGGGCCGUGCAACGAACAGGUGAUGUUCUCGAGCCCUCUUAGGGUCUUUUCACCACUGGAAGAGCUUAAGUUUGCCGGAGAAGCUUAGCCAAGCACAAACGUACGUACUGUGUACUAUCAGAAGAGCGGUGUGUGCUGCCGUCACCACUGGGCGAGCUAUGCAAACCCUUGAACACCCGAAGGCCCUGGCAGUCCCCCCACCCCCACCCCAUGCAGCCAAGAUCUCUCAGACUGGAAGAACCAGUCAUGACUUUGAAAGCAGUGGGAAACCUCUAAGGGGACCUGUUUAUUGGUACAGACAUGUUUAAUGCUGUCAACCACUAAUCAGUCUCUUUUGGGGCAGUGAAAUAAUUUUAAAGUGGUUGUCAGCUGAACACUGGACCGCUUACCUUGACAUUAUACCAAGUCCUGGGUGAUUUGAUUCUGGGCUACAGCCUUUGUAGGAACUGGGGGAAUCAAGAAAUUUCCCUAUAAAGACAUCGUCUUUCACCUUUCUGCUGGACAGUAAAUACUAUAGUUUACAGUGCCUACCAGUUUAACAAAGGAUUCAGCUACUCCUCAAUUCCACUGUGAAACAGGUCUACAUGUAUGCAGCUCAGUUACAACCCAGCAAUAACUUCAGGGCAGAAGCUGGCUGUCUCCCUACUUAAAACUUGCUUUCUCUGCUGCGGCCUUACCUCUCCCUACCUCCCAACUUCCCUCUUAAGACAUGAGUUAAUAAUAUCCUGAUGGUUGGUUUGUAACCUCAGUAAGAAUUAGAACUGAUGUCAUUUACUCAUUUUGGAGAAAGAACUUGCCUUGAAGUCUUCUAACCUCUUUUGGUGAAGGUUUCCAUUUAGAAAAAAAAGGUGGCAAACACCUCCUCCCCCCCGCCCCCCGCUUUUUUGUAUCUUCUUUAUUCCUACACCAAGUAAAAGUUGGGAAUUCUAAGAUCCCAUUUCAGUUACUAUCUAACCUAGGUAGAAAACUUGAAUUUUAUCCUUGAAUAUUCUCUCCUGCUCCUCAUAGGUCCUUGGUCUUAAUUAUCAUGGAAAUGUCUAAUUCUUCCAUUAUUCCAUGGCUUUUGCUGUGACUGUUCUGAGGUUUCAGUUGAGACUUGUUUUAAAAGACACAGACAGCUGACUGGUUCAUAAUACAUUGGAAUAGCUGGAUCCAAACUAGUAAGAAUAAGCUGUACAGGGAUUAGCACUCAAUAUAAAAUGUAUAAAUUUGUUGAAAUCUUUUGGAUGUGAAUGUGUUAUUUCAAGUGGCUUAUAUUAAGAUUUUCUCAGACUUACUUGGGUGUUAAGAGCAAACCCAAAUGUGUAUUUUUUGUUACAGAGCUCUGCUUUAUAACUUUGUAAUAAAGUUUCAAUAUAGAUGCCUGUCUGAUCUGGUGUGAGGAUACCAGAGGUCUGACAGUUAAGACUGACAUGAGUUGACAAACCACAGGCUAAUCCCAGACACACAGGCAUGCUCUUGAGAGACUGCAUUAUUUUUGGAGAUGCUUGGGCCAUGUGGCCUUGGUCAUGGAAGAGCCUAGAAGAGGAUGGGACCUGGGUAGGAAAAAGGACCAAUCCUAGGUCCAAAUAGGAAAAAGCAUCAAGUGAGUUCAGACAUGGGACACUGAUUUGGUAGAGGCAGACCUUAAAGAUGUGGGUAGAAAGGAAUCUGAGGACAGCCAGGGUGCCUAGUUAAGUCUUCAGGUGACCCUGGGAGAUGGACAGUAGCUUGUGGAUACAGCUGUGGUGGCUGGAGUGUGCCUCAGAGGUUGGCCCAGCCUUGAGGGCAGAGUGCCCUGUCUGUGCAGGUCUGUACCCCUGCCUGACCAGGUGCCCAGGGGAGGGGACUCCUGAGUAGGCAGCCUUUGGGAGAGCUGGAUUAGUGCAGAUCUGCCCUGUGACUGAGGAAAGAAGAAAUCUUGCCAAAAGGGCAUAAAGGCUCGAGGCUGAGCCACAGCACUUUGUCCUCAUUGUUCUGGGCAGCUGACCUGUUCAGCACCCUGGAUGACCUCUUGUCUGCUGUCAACCAGCAGCAAGUAAACAAAGGCUCAAAGGAGGGCAGGCCUCCAGCACUCUGCUGGGGAGGUUGACGAUGAUGUUGUUUACGGUCUGUGGAAAUACAUGGAUACAAGAUCACAUCUAAUCUCAGCAGCAAAGAAAAAUUGUGUCAGAAAGACUGGAAGGAAAUAAACACCUUGUACAGUGAACCGAAGACAACACACCCAGCGGGGCAGGGAGGGGCUGAGGGGCUGAGCUCAUGACUGAGAUGCCCCCCUCUGCUGUGCGAGCGCACCCUGAGUGAGAGACCAGCCAGGCGAAAGGGCAGCGUCUGUGUCCGUUGGCAAAAUCCUGAGGGGAGAGCCUUGUUCUGCUGCUCUGUCCAGUUGCUUGGCCUGAGGAGGCUGGCGAGGGGGAUGAAAAUUUAUGUAGGUCAGUGCUCAGAGGAGGAGCAGCUUUUGUCUCUGCAGAGGACAGAAUAAAAAGAGUGUCUUCUUCUCAGCAGUGAAGCCAGACUGAAUGGUGCCUAUUCAGAAACACCAAACGUCCUGGCCUAGAGUCAGGGAACCUCCCCCUCCUGCCCUUCCUGCCAACACAUUUUCAGCAGCAGGUGGAAACCCCGGUCCAUCAGGUUGAAGUUGGCCUCCCAGCAGAGUGUGACCUUGGCCGAGCACACUGGAGGAGGGCCGGGGCGAGGCGGUGGCCCAGACUCAGACGCAGACUCGGGUAUGCUCCAGAGAUUGAGUCACAUUAACCUCACUCACAGGGGCUGGACAAACAAGCCUGCCAAUCUGUUGAUAAGAAAACGCAGAAUGGACCCUCAGAAGUCAGCAGAACUAGCUGGAAGUCAGUUCAAAACCAGAUGGUGACAUGAUGAACUGCACACAGACCAGAGGGAGCUGUGUCGCACAGGUGCGAGGCUGUGGAGGUGGGCUGACAGGGCUCUGAAGUCAGAGGCCAGGCCCCAGUCUCCUGGGCAGGCUCUGGACAUGCACACCAGUGCUGAGCCUCCCGACUCUAGACCGCUGCGUGCCAGGCUCUGUGCUAAGUGCUUUACCGAAGGCCUCCUGAGGUCACUUGCUCUUCACAGCAACCCUGUGAUGUAGGUGCAGUUCCUGUCCCCAUUCCUGGAGGGUUAGGGCUGUUAAAUUUCAGGGCUUGAUUCAAACUACGUCUGUCUACACCUGCACUGCCCAAGGUGGUAGUCGCUAGCACUAGCCUCACGUGACUACUUGAACGAAGAUGAAAAGUUCACUUCCUCAGUUUCGUUAGCACAUUUCACAUGCUCAGAAUAUGGCUGGUUCAUGUUGGCCAGUGGAGAUUUACAGGGUGCUUCCAAUGCCAUAAAAAGUUCUGUUGAACUGCACUCGUCCAUGCUAAAUUGUUUUCCUUUUAUUCAAAUAAAUCAGCCUCAGGCGGUGCAGGAGCCAUUCUUUGUAAGCAGGCUGUGUAGAUUUGUCCUCAGGUGGGUUUUUAAAGAGCAGUCUUGUUUCCAGAUUUGGGGGAGGCAGAUCCUCCUGGAGCCCUGUAUCCCCCCGAGGAGCAGCCCAACAACCUCCCUUUCCUUCCUACCUGAUCAUGGUUCCCUCCCUUCACACCAGACCCACACGCUGUAAUAGGAGAGCACAAAGACAGAAAACCCAUUUUGUUUUCUUUCAAGUGAGACUUCAUUCCUGGCGGCCAGGCUGCAUACAAGUUUUGCCAAAUAUAAGCAUUUCUGGGGACAGUCUUUCUUUUAAAUACAACUUUAAAAUGAGCCUGGAAGUAGAAGGGGCAGGUAAGGGAGAAAAGACUGCCGCCAGGACGGGCUCUGUGGACAGAGCUUCAACAGCCGGCCUUCCCUUCUUCACUCCUUACUCACUAGGAGAAUUAUAGAGGGUGUGGGGGGAAGGACAUAACUCCAAGAUAGUUCCUGGUUUUUUUGUUUUUUUAAAAGCUUCUUUUUAAAGAA